AUGACUGCAGAUCCAAGUUCCAGAAAACGUCAAUUGGAUACUCCGCGAGCUAGGAGUCAGCAAAGAGGCAGACUCAGGAAGACUCUUUUCAAAAAGGGCUACACCUACAGUGUCGAGUGUGAUGCUGAUGUUUAUAUGGUGAUCCGGCUGAGAGGCACUGGCCGUAUAUUCACUUUUCAGUCCGACUCUACUGAAGCUUUCAGUCCGUCUCUCCGAGAACUAGAACGCCAUUGGCCCAAGCCACUAAAGACAACCUCAAAGAACUUCAUCAGUCAAAGCGCAGAUUCGAUUGACGAAGCCAAAGCGAUGCCUUCAUGA